AUGCCCAAAGAAAAAAGAAACAGUUAUUCUGUCACUUUCAAACUUGAUGUUAUCAAAUAUACCAAAACAACUAACAACAUUAAAGCAGCACGUCAAUAUAAUAUUAAUCAUAUGAUGGUUUUACGAAUCGCUGUAUUGCCUACUACUGUGAAAUUUAAAAUGCAAAGUUUACUUGCAACUGAUUUUAUUCAACAUUAUUCAAAUGCAUUUGAAACUUUUAAGCCUUUUAUAACUG